AUGAGUAUCACUACUACUAGAAGAAGAAACCAAGAGAGCGUCUGUUGCAAGGCAACAACGGCUUCCAUUAAGGUGGAAGCCGUCCAAAGCAAGACUGCCUCUGAAAAAGAGAAACUGCUACACAAUUUCGAUGAAUUACCGGAAUGGCAAAAAGACAACGACAAAAUCCUCACGGGUUACGUGCGCGAAACGCUGUCCUGGAAGAAGUGUCUGCGUUCCUUAUUCUAUUGGAAUAACGAGACCGUAAACAUUUAUACGCAUCUGGUACCGGCUAUCAUAUACUUCUUGUUCGCCAUCACGUUGACCAACUAUUUCCUCAUCCCCGUUUUCCCCUCCACGUCGUGGUCCGACUAUACCGUGAUCAACAUUUUUUUGAUGGGUGCAUUCUCGUGUCUGAUGUGCAGUAGUUGUUUCCAUUGUUUGAAACAACACUCUGAGGAGCAGAGCAAUUUCUGGAGCAAGCUCGACUACUUGGGAAUCAUCAGCUUAAUCUCCUGUUCCAUGAUUCCUAUAAUAUACUUUGGUUAUUUUGACCACGUGUCCUACUUCAGUCUGUUUACGACCGUCACUCUGGUUUUGGCAACUUUUUGCACGGUAUGUGUCCUCCACGAGAAGUUCAACACCUCCACCUUUCGUCCCUUCAGAGCCAUGUUUUUCAUCUUAUUUGGAUUUAGUGGACUCCUCCCAUUGACUACAGGGUUCUUCAAGUUUGGUAUUCAAGGAGUCCUCAACAGAAUUAAAGUAAGCUUUGUGUUCUGGGAAGCACUUUUUUACAUUUCAGGAGCUGUUAUCUACGGGUUCAGAAUCCCAGAAACUAUAGCGCCAGGCAAGUUCGAUUUUCUGGGUAGCUCUCACCAAAUAUUUCACAUUAUGGUCGUUCUUGGUUCCCUAUGCCACUUAAAAGCCAUCAUCGAUUCUUAUAAACUAAUGCAUUCCCAUAUCCACCCUUGA